AGAAUCAGGGUGUGGACCAUGUUCCUGGCGUGGCCAUUGGCCAGCACCUCAUCAAAGUCCUGCUGGAUCCCAGCAAAAUCCUGCCUCUGUCCAGCGCAGCAGCGUUCGCCCCGUCGAAGGCGCGACAGCGCAUGCCCAGAGCGGGGGAGAGGGGCAUUGUCACGUGUGGCCGUCUCCCGGGGAUGGGCCCCGCCCGCGGCCUCUGGGGGGAUUGGCUGGAGCGGUCGGGCGGCGGAGGGAGCCAGCGGCGGCGCAGUGGCGGUGGGGCGGCGAGCAGGCAGCUCCUCUCAGAUGGAGGUCCUGGACGAGUUCGACAGCGAGUUCCCCCAGAGCGUGACCUUCUGCCAGCUCAUCUCCGAGGAGGACUUCGAGAGGCAGGCGGCGACCUACACCGAGCGCGCGCUGCGCCGCCUCUUCCGCAGCAUCGACCGCAACCCGGCGCUGGCCGAGCGGGUGGUGCGCAAGAGCAAGCAGGCCGAGUGCGAGCGGCGCGGGAUCCUCUCCUUCCUCUGGGCGAAGUUCUUCUGUGCCGUCCAGGGGGAGCUGAACUGCUGCAACAGUAUGGGCGCCGCGGAGAUGCGUCAGCGCCUGGAGCAGCUGAAAAGGAGGAUCCACCGCGCGCACGUCUACUCCCAGGAUGCCAGGAAGAAGAGAAGGAAGCCAAGAUUGAAGAAACCACAACCUAUCCUCCUGCGAGAACAGUCGACCUCCCCGUGCCUGCCACCAACCCUGCUGCCACCUCCACCACAGCCACCACCUGCCACCACUAUGGCCUCCGUGGUGGCUCCGUCACCUGUCUACACUAUGCCAAGGGUCUUUGGUCCUUUCCCUCCGCUGCCCAGCAAGUCGAUGGAAAAAUUGGAAGUUUCAAGGUCUGAAGUGAAAUUAAACUGGACUGGCCUGUCAUCAAACCCAAAGAGCUGCAUGGUUGAUCUGACCCCCUUGGUCCUCAACCCCGGAGGCUUCCAUUUCUCGUACCUGGCCAGAAGCAGUGCGCACAAGCUCCAUUGCUCUGCCUUCCCCUGGACCUCAGCCUGUAGUGGCUCCCCCAACACUGAGGAGACGCCAUCCCCUCCUGUGAAGUCCUCCAUCUUCACGCCGCCUGUCCUGCUCAAGUUCCAGCCUGUGCCCAGACCCAAAGAUGACUCAGAGAAGGACCCUGGCAGCACAGAGUCUGCGCCCCGAAAGAGGAGCCCAUAACGUCUUCCCUUUACACUGUGGCCGGAGGAAUGAAUAAAGUUCCCAUGGCGGUGCUUUUG